CUUCAGGUAGCAGUGAAAUGCCCAUAUAAGAAAAUUUGAUAAUUCCAUAAUUUCCAAUUUAUUCAGGCAAUUUGAGAAAUAAAUGCCCUUUGGCUUGGCAUUUUAAUGGCCAAUGAUGAUAAACCUGAUCAGCCUCUACUUUCAGAUGCGAAAGAUGCUUGUAUAAAUGCCCAUGAGAAGAAGAGCCUUCAAAGAAAAAGACUUGUGCAGUCUAACAAUGGUGAUACAUCAGAUGUCAGACAUCAAGAGAGAAAUGGGAUCCACUCACUUAAAUGGCUUGAAUCUUUCUUGGAGAAACAGAAGUUUAGUUUCAAGCAAGUACUCAUUUUGUUUUCAGUCUAUUUAGGUGUAGGCACUUCAGGUUUCUUCUUUACAAUGAAUCAGAUUGAUGGGAAGAAAACCCAUGGAUUUGUUGAUGCUAUGUACUUGUGUGUUGUGACAAUGACCACCGUUGGAUAUGGAGACCUUGUGCCCCAUAGCGUCCUAGCAAAGCUAAUUGCUUCUGUUUAUGUAUUCUUUGGGAUGGCUAUGGUUGGGAUUAUUCUCAGCAAAGCAGCAGAUUACAUUGUAGAAAAGCAAGAGGUUCUCUUGGUUAGAGCCAUAAACAUUCGUGGGAAACUUGGCUCUACACAGAUUCUUAAAGAGGUUGAAAACCAUAAAGUCGAGUACAAGCUACUCUCUGCUGUUGCCAUUCUCUUGGUGCUUAUAGUUGUAGGAACUGCUUUCUUGUGUUUGAUUGAAAAUUUUGAAGUUGUUGAUGCCUUUUAUUGUGUUUGUUCCACAAUGACUACUCUUGGGUAUGGAGAUGAAAGCUUCUCAACUACAACAGGUCGCUUAUUUGCUGUUUUCUGGAUACUGAGCAGUACCCUUUGCCUUGCUCAAUUCUUCUGCUACCUCACUGAACUAUACACAGAAUUAAGGCAAAAAUUGCUCGUUAAACGGGUACUAACUCGAAACAUGACAUCCUCAGAUCUUGAAUCAGCUGAUCUUGAUCAUGAUAAAGUUGUGAGUGCUGCAGAGUUCAUUGUAUAUACACUGAAGGAAAUGGGAAAGAUUGAUGACAAUGAUAUUUCAUUGGUGAUGGAGAGGUUCAAGAAGCUUGAUAUUGAUCAUUCAGGAACCUUGACAGAAUCUGAUAUAGUUCAAUCUCAUUCAUCUCGAUCAUAAAGCUUUAAUAAGGAACAUAAAUUUGUGCAACAGGUUGACUUUUUUCUCCACUUAGAAAUGGACAAUAUCCUUGAUAAUAUUAAGGAUGUACAGUUUGUGAAUAUUACUUAUCGGAAUGCUCAUUAAUCUGUUUGCUGAUGCCAAGAAACAAAAGGAAUGUGUAUGUCUCUGCAACAAAAGGAGCUUUUUGCUUUACUGAGAUCUUUUGUUGCAUUGUUUCCUUGUGUUU